CCUUUCUUGGCUCUUGAAGAAGCUGCCACUAUUGGGAGACAGUGUAUCUCCUCCAACAGGAAUCAUGGAUACGUCUUAUCCUCGUGAAGACUACCUGCCCAUGUCAUCCCACAAGCAGGAACCUUCUCCCACAGUCAUCACCAUCAGACCCCCAGUGGUUCCUCGUGACUACAUGAUCUGGUCUGUCUUCAAUACCAUCUAUAUGAACCUCUGCUGCCUCGGCUUUGUAGCUCUCGCCUAUUCUGUCAAGGCACGAGAUCAGAAGGUGUCUGGUGAUCUGGAAGCUGCCCAUCGCUAUGGCUCCAAGGCCAAAUGCUACAAUGUCCUUGCCACGGUGUGGAAUGUGGUUCUGCCACUGGUGCUCAUUGCUCUGGUGGUCACAGGUGUCCUCCAUCUCUCCAAGCUGGCUCAGGAAUCCAUGGACUUUUUGGCUUACAGACUCUUUCCUAAUGAUGAUGACAAGAAGUGAGCAGAGAGCCUUGAGCAUUCCAGGGAACUUUGUUUUGGCUAUUCAGGUUGCUCCUUACAAAGACUGUCAAACUGGUGUGACUCAACCA